AUGGUGCUGGAUCCCCAAGGGAGGACAGAGCCGGAAGCAAAGACCACGGAGACCCUGUCAGCCCCUCCCAGCAGAAUGGGUGUCCCCUGGCAGGAGGUCCUGCUCUCAGUCUCACUUUUUACCUUCUGGAACCUGUCCACCACUGCCCAACUCACCAUUGAAUCAGUGCCAGCCAAUGCUGCUGAAGGCAGUGACAUUUUCCUACGUGUGCGCAACCUUCAGAACCUUCAAGCAUAUUACUGGUACAAAAGUGAAGAGGUGAUGUGUAACCAUCAAAUUGCACUUUAUGUGAUAGCUGCUCAACACACUAAACCAGAGCAUGCAUACAGCGGUAGACAGACAAUAUACCCCAAUGGAUCCCUGCUGUUCCAGAAAGUCACCCAGUAUGACACGGGAUUCUACAUCCUACAAACUGUAAGUAAGGAUUUUAAUUAUGAAGACGUCUUUGUGGAGCUCCAUGUGUUCACGAAAUUACCCAAACCCUUCAUCACAAGCACCAACUACAACCCGGGUGAAGACGAGGACUCUGUAGCAUUAACAUGUGAGCCUGAGACUCCCGACACAACCUACCUGUGGUGGAUAAAUGGUCACAGCCUUCCAGACAGGGACAGGCUGGAGCUGUCCAAGUGCAACAGAACACUCACUUUACCCAGAGUCACAAGGAAUGACACUGGAAACUAUGAGUGUGGAACCUGGAACCCAGUGAGCAUCAACCAAAGUGACCCUGUCACCCUGAAUGUUCUCUAUGGCCUGGAUACCCCCACCAUAUCCCCUGCAGUCUCAUAUUUCCAUCCAGGGGCAAACCUCAGCCUUUCCUGCCAUGCAGCUUCUAACCCAGCUGCACAGUUUUUCAAUGGGAGGCCCCAGUCAUCCACACAAGAGCUCUUUAUCCCCAAUGUCACUGCAAAUAAUGGUGGAUCCUACACCCACCUUGUCCAUAACUCUGUCACUGGCCUCAGUAGGACCACAGUCAAUAAUAUUCCAGUCUUUGAAAAGGCCAACCAUCUACAUGACUUCAGAGACCACAAGCUCCCAGCAUCCACUCCAGGUCGAGGACACUUGGACAGCUCCACUUCUUUGUCCCCUGCCAUCUGUUCUCUCUUCUCCCUCUGCCGCAGGCCCCUCUUCCUGGACCAAGGGCAGCUGUUCCCAUUUAUGAGGAACCUGAGCCUGUUCCAGGCACUGGGCUGCAACAAAGAUCAGAGCAGGCCCUGUCCUCACACAGCUCUCCUUCUAGUGGCAGGAGCACAGCACAGCAAGGACAUCCAGAAGCACUACCCACUCACCAUUGAAUCGGUGCUAGUCAAUGCUGCUGAAGGCAGUGACGUUCUUCUACGUGUGCACAAUCUGUCAGAGAACCUUUAUGGCUAUCGUUGGUUCAAAGGCAAAGAGGCAGUUGAAUCUCUUAGAAUUGCAGCACUUUGGAUCUUCAAUGACCAGAACUUGGAGCUCACAGAGAAGAUGAAUCCAUCUCAGGACAACAGCAACCUCAGCAGAGACCCCGUCAGGAGGGAGGACUCCGGAGAGUAUCAGCGUAAGGUCUCCAACCUGCCAGUUCCAGAAGGAACGGCAGGGUUGGUCACUCUGGAGCAGACCAGAGAGGAUAGAGCAGGUGGCAGAUACCAUGGAGACCCCCUCAGUCCCUCUGAACAGAAGACACCUUCCCUGGCAGGGGCUCUGCUCACAGCCUCCCUUUUGGCCUUCUGGGGCCUGUGCACCGCCGCCCAACUCACCAUUGAAUCAGUGCCAUUCAAUGCCGUUGAGGGGAAGGAUGUCCUUCUACUUGUCCACAACACUCGAGAGAAUCUUCUAGUCUAUCGCUGGUUCAAAGGGGAAAGGUCAGUUGAAAGCUUUGGAAUUGCAACCUAUGCAAUGACCACUCAGGUAAACACGCCAGGGCCAGCACACAGUGGCCAAGAGACAGUGUACCCCAAUGGAUCCCUGCUCUCAGACGUCACUCAAAAUGACUCGGGAUUUUACACCCUACAAACCAUGAACCCAGAUCUUGGGAGUGAAGAAGCAUCCGGACAGCUCCAUGUGUACUUGGUCCCUGGGAGUUUCCCCAAAGGGGAGCUAGCUCCACUGGUGCUGUCUGAUGGGUCCACAGAGCCAGUGACAUGGCCCUCCAUUCAAGCCACCAACACCACAGUCACAGAACAGGAAUCUGUGGUCCUGACCUGCCUCUCAGCCGACACUGGAAUCUCCAUUCGGUGGAUCUUCAAUAACCAGAGUCUGUGGCUCAUGGAGAGGAUGAAUCCAUCUCAGGACAACAGAAGCCUCAGCAUAGACCCCGUCAGGAGGGAGGAUGCCAGAGAGUGUCAGUGUGAGGUCUCCAACCCAGCCAGUUCCAGCAAGUGGCCCCCUCAGGCUGGCCAUGAUCUGUAA